AUGGACAUCAAUAGUUUGAGUUUCUUCAAGAGCCAUUGGACAGCAUGGAAGGUUUUGGGUUCGGCCCACCAGCAGAUACAAUGGCGAGGCCUAUACAGAGUGGCCACCAUUCUGGCCAAUCUGCUGGUGACCAUUGCCUAUCCAUUUCAUCUGGGCAUGUCGCUGUUCCGCAACAGAACCUUGACCGAGGAUAUUCUAAAUCUUACCACAUUCGUCACUUGCCUGGCUUGUUCACUCAAGUUCCUAAUCUACGCCUAUAACUUCGAGAUGGUGUCUAAGAUAGAGGAUCUGCUGCGAAAACUUGAUCAACGCGUUAGCGGCCCCAAACAAAUCAACAUCUACAGUCAGCUGAGGAAUCAACAGCGGAUGAUUCUCUACAUUUUUAUUGGCAUCUACUUGCCUUGCGCCGUAUUCGCGGAGCUGUCUUUUCUGUUCCAAGAGCAAAGAGCUCUCAUGUAUCCUGCGUGGUUUCCAUUUGAUUGGAUUUCAUCAACCAGAAACUUCUAUAUAGCCAAUGUCUAUCAGAUUGUUGGUAUCUCGUUUCAACUGUUGCAAAACUAUGUGAGCGAUUGUUUCCCCGCUGUCGUUCUGUGUCUGAUCUCUGCCCACAUUAAGAUGCUAUGUCUGAGAUUCGAACAGGUUGUCGAUGAAAAAGAGCUGGAGAACUGCAUAACUGACCACAAGCAUUUGCUAGAGUUAUUCAGGGCCAUCGAAGCGUUCAUGUCGUUGCCCAUGUUCAUCCAGUUCGCUGUUACUGCCCUAAAUGUCUGCAUUGGCAUUGCGGCCUUGCUCUUCUUCGUUAGUGAACCGAUGUCGCGCAUCUAUUUCCUAUUCUACGCUAUGGCCAUGCCUCUGCAGAUCUUUCCCACUUGCUACUUUGGCACAGAUAACGAGUUUUGGUUCGGACGCCUCCACUAUGCCGCUUUUAGCUGCAAUUGGCUGGACCAGAGCAAGACAUUCAAGAGGAAACUUAUGCUUUUCGUGGAACGCUCCUUAAAAAGGAGCACAGCCAUGGCGGGGGGAAUGCUUCGAGUACAUGUCGACACUUUCUUUUCCACUUUAAAAUUUGCCUACUCACUGUUCACAAUCAUCCUGCGAAUGAGAAAGUGA